GGCUGCACUGCACCUACAUGCAGCGAAUUGAACGCGAUGCCGCCGCCGCGCCGAGCCCGCCUCUCUUCCCGGCCCUACUAUUCCGUGGCAGCUUCGGAGCGCAGCAGUAGCACCAGGGGCUGGCUGGCCGUCCGUCGAAACAGGCCCUCCAAGCGGUCGCGGUCGCGGGCGCCGGCGCCCACGAUCGCGCAAGGCGACGAGGAGGACGACGGCACGCCGCUCACGGACGAGAUCCUCGUCGGCAUCUUCGCCGGCUUGCCGGACUUCUCCGAUCUGGUCCGCUGCGCGGCCACCUGCAAGCGGUGGUGCCGCCUGGUCUCCCGCGAGGCCGCCUUCAUCUGCCGCAGUCGGCGAUGCCGCCGCCGGCCCUACGUCCGCAGCCUCGCCCUUGGUUUCUUCUACUUGCACCGCCGAGGCGCCGCCGUGCCACGCUUCGCCGCCACCGCGUCCGCCUCGCGCCGACUCGCCCUCCGGCAGCCCUCGCUGAACGCGCUCGUCGAAGGCCUCGACGAUGGCCUGUUCGACUCGUCUAGACUCGUUGCCUCCCGGAACGGCCUCGUCGUCGUCGAGCUCCAGCGUGGGAAGCGCGAGCGGGCACUGAAGCUAUGCGUGUGCAACCCAAUGACCGGGGAAGUUACUGUCCUCCCGUCUCUCGGCGGCAAGGAAAUCGUGCGACCGUAUGCCUGUACCAUCAUCACGGCCGACGACGACGUCGACGACGAUGACGAUCGGACUAUCGGAUUCACGGCAGGGACUCACCGAGAGCACAGUCAGAUCCUGAUCCAUUCUUCUUCAGACUGUGCUCCGCCACAAGAUCAGAAUCACGGCAGGGACUCACCCAGGGCACCGUCCUCGUACAACGUGCUGCUUGUGUACUGCCGGCGCGGCUUUACUGCAUGCCGGACCUACGCGUCCGACAGCGGGCGUUGGGGCCGUGAGGAAAAGGUGACCGACGCCACACGUCUGGGAAAGAAGCAGAUGGCAGCAAUGGCGGCAGGCAACAGCGUCGUGGCUCACAAGGUGGUGUACUGGCAUGCCAAGACCAUGGUGUUCGCGCUGCGCCUCGGCACGCUGCACGCAGAGCACUUGCAAAUGCCAGACACCGGAAAGGACGCCGCCGGCAACACGCUGCUCGGCGUGUCGCCGGAGGGAUGGCUGCGCGUCGUCCAGGUUGUUGAAAAGAUAUCCGACCCUAGCAGCCCGCCGGCGACGGUCAAGCGCAGCGUCUCCAUUGUCGUGGUCACCGGCCAGAUCAGUGCCACCGACGACGGCGAGUGCCUAUGGGAUCAGCCCCAGCCCCGGCAGGUAAUCGAGGUGGUGGGUCGGUUCCUGCCGUCGUCGGAGACGACGUGGAUCCAGCUGCAGUGGAUGUGCGAAAAGAGCGGGGUCGUCUUCUUCACCGCUGGGUGCGUCGACGACGACCAGACAGGCGACGUGUACGCCAUGAGCCUCGACAAGCAAGAGGUGGAGAAGGUGGCGAAUCACCAUGGAGGUCCGUCGACGUGGGAGAACUUGCAUGGGUACGAGAUGGACCGGACGUCAUACCUGUCCUCGCUCGCCAUGGAUGAGGAUGAUCCAUGAUGACUAUAUAUAUGAUUCUUGAUUCAGUGAUCAUGCAAGAUGUAAUUUUUAUUAUUUACAUAAGUUGUCUAGUGGACAAUAUAUCAGAUGCAAGAAGACUUGUACUGACACAUGAUUUUUUUAUUAGUUAAUUAGAUCUGAAAUUGAGGGAGUUCACAUCAAA